CGGAGCUCUGCGCCGCUCCCCGCCGGCUCCGCGCCGGGCUCUGCGCUGCCGCACUCCGGCGCCGGCCGGGGCUCCGCCGCUCCCGCCGCUCCCCACGGCCGCCGCCGGGCCCGCCGCAGGGCCGCCGGGAGCCCACCCGGCCACAGGCCGCGGCGGGGCCGCCCAGCCGCUGCCGGCCGCCGUCAUGCCGGCCGCCGCCUCGCUACUCGUGCCGCCGGUGCUCCAACUUGGCGGGUGAGCCCUUCCUCGACACGCAGGAUCUCCCCACCACCGCCACUGCCGGCAGCAUGGAAAGCGUGCGUGAGCUCCAAAACCCACUCCUGGCCAAAUCCAAUGGCCACCUUCGCAGCAGCUAUUCUUACCACCAGCAUCACAGCCAGGACUACCCCAGCCAUCGCUGCCAAGGAAAACUGUAUUCCUACAUAUUCCAAAACACUGGCGGUGCCAGGACUCACCAGCUGCUGGAUGCCAGUUCCCUGCAGCUGGCUGUUGAAGCUUUGUAUGGCCCCAGUUUCAUCCUUGUGAAGGAUGAGACUGCUCUCAAGGCCAAGGACAGCAAGAUGGAAAGCUGUGAGACCACUUUUACAGAAAGCAAAGAGUCUCCAUCUGAAGGUCCUGAAGGGCAUGAGGCACAAGGGUCCUGCCUGGUAGAGAGUGACAUCCGCAUCCAAACUGUUUCCUAUGAGGUGGAAGAAGAGGAGCUCCAGGAGUAUGAGAGCGACUCCUCCAGCGACAGCGAAAGCGAGGAUCAUUUCCUGAUGCUUCCCCCUCGGGACCACUUGGGCUUGGCCCUUUUCUCCAUGCUGUGCUGCUUCUGGCCCCUGGGGAUUGCUGCCUUCUACUUCUCCCAAGGGACCAGCAAGGCUGUCUCCAAAGGAGAUUUUCAUCUGGCCAGUUCAGCUUCCCGCCGAGCCCUCUUCCUUGCCGCGCUCUCCAUAACCAUUGGCACAGGAGUGUACAUCGGGGUGGUGGUAGCACUGAUUGCUUAUCUCUCCAAAGGGGGCCACGUGUAGCUGCCACCUGCAUGUCACUGCCAUCCCUGGCUGCUGACCCUUCUGGGACUGAGCUUUCCUGUGGAGCACGGAGCACCAGUGCCUGCAAGGGCUGCUUGCACAGCAGGGCCCCAGCAUGGAUGUCCUGUGCAAGUUUCUUCCUCUUUCAGACAAACAGUAGAACCCCGUUCUCCCUGAGGCUGUGGUGUGCGACCAUCUAGCAACAGGGAACUGAGCACCAGCCUGGCUGCUGGGACAAGGAGGAGCACAUUUGCCUGGUGGAAGAUGUGCAGGAGAGAAACCGCAUGCUGCUGCUGGGCUGGUGCAGCCACCUCGAUCUGGGGCUACAGCUUCCCUUCUCAGCCCCGCAGCUGGGAGAUCUGUCACUUGCCCAGGCUUGGCCCAUGAAGGGUACACACAGGGAGAAGAGGGAAUAUGGUGCCAGGGAAUGACUGCUGCAUCUUCUGGGAGGCCAGAGUCCUGGUGGGGUCUCCAGACUCCUGUGAUGGGGACAACAUUCUCACUUUAGUGCCGUGGGGUGGCCUGACCCCUCAGCUGCAGUGAAGUAGGAGGACAGACCAUGGACAAGACCAAGAGGCAUGCUCUCUGCAUCCCUCUGCAGGCAGACCCCUGAUCCACAGGAGAAUAUCCCAGUUGCUGGUUUAUCCCAAAUCAGAAACAAGGACGAAGGCAGGCUGGUGGUUCCACCAUCUCUCCCUUUGUUGGCACAAGCUGGUAAAGACAGCAAGGUUUUCUCUGUGUUAAUAGUGACUGCCAUGAUGAUCCCAAGUCAGAGGCCUCAUAAGGUUGCCAUCCCAGAGUGCUGGGCCCUCAAAAGAUUUGUAAUGGAAAUCUCUACCUAAGAAGUGUCCCGGGAAGGGUGCUGGCCUGAAGGAUUCCACUCCUUGUACUAGGGCAGGGCCCUGCACACAAAGGGGAUGGAAAGAAAAGGCUGGCAAAACCUGCAGAAUCUGGGGUGGGAGUGCUGUUUGUGAGGGCAUGAGAUCCAGAGAAGGAAGAGACGUGGAAGGAGCCUGAGACCUCAACACACUCCUUCCCAUGCCUUGGAGAGAGGUAUCUCCAUCCAUCCAUCCAUCCAUCCAUCCAUCCAUCCAUCCAUCCAUCCAUCCAUCCAUCCAUCCAUCCAUCCAUCCAUCCAAAAGCCUCUAGUAACAAGGAAAUACCAACCAUCCUCCCCAUACAUCUUACUUUUGCCUAUUUGUAUAUUGUCAGCAACACAUUAAAUGCUUCAGAGGUGGGUAUGAAGGCAGUGGUUGCCCAAAGGGCUGGUGUUAAGAAGUUAUGCCUCACCCCCCACUCUCCAGCAUCCACCUUUGACCAUCCUUCCUCUCUCUGGCUCCCCUGUUGCCUCUUUUCCCAUGUGCAGGAGACUGCAGACAGACUCUGGGCAUCCCUCACCCCUUUCCCAGAGUUUCUGGGCAAGCUGCAGCCAGCUUUGCACGAGAUGCAGCAUGUUCCUCCAGCUGGGUGCCAUUCAAAUGUACAUUCCAUCCUAAAGAAGCAUGUUAAUGUCUGAGAUUGCCAUUGUACUUGAGCCAUAACAGAGAGAAGCGCAUCAGAGAUCUGUACAGAAGCUGGUCUGAAGGUUCCCAUUACGUUUUUUAACAUGGAAGAACUAAUAAAAAAAAGGAGGAGAAAAGACUCUGUUUAUAAUAACAUAGAGCUGGCUAUCAAAGAGGUGAGCCUGACAAGGGUGCCGCACUCACUUAAACCUGGAGGUGUUUAUGCUGUCCCUGAAGGAAGUUAUAAUCUAGCUGGUGUCCAGGUAUCUUGGAGGGAGAUGUAUUUCAGCAUAGAUCACAGUGGGCAAAUACCACUGAGAGCAGGAUGGUGGUGUAGGCCUUUUUUUCCGUGUAUAGUUGGACAAGAAUUAGGGAGAGAGACCAGAGCAUCUCUGUGUAGUAGAAGCAUAAAAUCUGCUUGAAGAGGGGCAGAAGAAUACAAACAUCAGGAGGAAAUAAGCAAAUCUUGCUUCUGAUGGUUGACAGAGAGAAAGAAUUUGCGGGGAAGGGCUGGCAUGUCCAAAAGAGAUGAGGUGGCCUUAGAGAAGAGCAAUAAAGGGCAGAAUCACCUGGCACCCAUGUGAUGGUUUUCAUUCCCCUCUCUGCAUAUAUUCAGCCUUCCUGGAUGUCCAUCCCUCCAAAUAACCAAGCAAGAACAUUAUUUCAGGAGAGGGGAUGUCUGUGGGUGCAUCUGCAGCAGGGGUGACCAGACCUACCACCCUCCAGCUCAGUGUUGUCCCAGCUAAAGCCCUCCUCAUCUCUCCCCUUCAAGUACCCCAGAAUCAUCAAGGUUGGGGGGGUCCCUGCUGAUUCUGGUCCAGACAAAAUUAUUUGGGCUGCCAGACUAGAAUCUACAAUAAGAUGCAGCUUUUGCUUCUGAAUUUGUAAUUCUUCCAGCUGGUUCCCUCCAGGGGCUUCCAAGGGUGGGGGGUCCAACAGUCUUCAGCCCACUUCCCAAGGGCAUUCCAUCCCUCUGAACCCCAAACUGCUUCUUUGUCUUUUUUUAAUUGGAGAUGCAUGGGGAAGGAGCAGUCAAAAGGGCCAACAGAAUUAGAGUCUUUUCCACUAAUAGCCUGAAUCUCUGAUGAACUUGUCAGAGCAGGGGAGAAGGGGGUGUGCCAGAGCAUCCCUAAGGGUGGCAUUAUGCAAAUGGAGAAAUUAGUUGGAAACAGCCUGAAGGGAAACAUGUGGAAAUUGAAAUCCCAGGAAGAGCAUGAUCACUGCUAAAUAACUGAUUAAAGACUCACAGCGUCUGCUGUAGCUGCCUAAGCAGAAGGGAAGGAAGCAAAAAGACAACAAGACACAGCAGUCAGGGAAGGUUCAAGCUCCAGAAAUUUGAUUUAGCUUAAAAAAAAAGUUAACUAAACUCUACCAGUGGGUGUGGAAGAAGUGACUCUUCACCCCCUUCCUCCUGUCCCCCCACAGAAGGGGUCCCUCUCCCAACCGGGACCCUCAGCUCAGCAGCAGAGCUCUGUAAUGGUCCAGAUCCCCCAGGAUCAGAAAUUUGUGAGACAGGAGGAAUACCCUCAGGUUCUGGCCUGGCAACAUGUCUAGCCCAGAAAGGAGAAGGAAUGGAGGGAGCCUGGCAGGUCACUGCUGUGGGAGGUGAUGCAAAGGGCAGAAAGUGCAAUGAUCUUUGUCUGUGUAGAGGGGCAGAGACAAAGUGAGAUCUCUGGUGGCUGAUAAGGGAGAAUUUGGGGUUCUGUGAGAUGGGGGUGGAGGAGGCUUGAUAAAACAGUGAUGUCCUAUAAUCAUAACCUGCUGUCCUUCUCUGCAUGCCAGAGUUUUCUAAAAAAUAACUGCAACUGGUUAAUAAAUAACUGAAGAGUUCCAU